AUGUCGAGGCCGAUUAUGCUGGUGUUUCUUCUAAUCAUACUCAUAGUCACUUCUCAAUUCGAAUGGAGGCAACCGCUUCUUGAGCUUGACGCAGCUCCUAGCUUGUCUGAGAAACAGCACCAAAUUACAAAGAGAGAAGACGCUGUGAAAGAGAAGAUUAUCUUGUCGCAAGAGAGACAUAUCCAGAGGCUAAACGACCUCGUACGAAGUCUUAGAAUGGAGUUACUGCAGUGCAAAGGAGAGAACGAGACACGGAACGCCACUGAAGCCUCUCACUUAGACAAACAGUUCAUUGAGCUCGAGAGAAAACACAUUCUGGAAGACUAA